AUCGGAUGGCAUCUUAUAGAGGACCUAAAGGAGGGUCCUUGAAAUACUGUCACAUUUUCAAGAUGGCUGCCUCCAUCACAGGUUUAUUGAAACCUUGGACGCCAAGGGUGAUCUUGGUGAGAUGGAGCAGGUACAACCCGUACUACCUGGAGCCGGAGAUUCAGAGGGAGGCUUACAGCGUUCCAGAUACAGAGCUGACCACUGAAGAGAAGCAGCAGCGCGAGCUAAAGGAGCUUAGACCCAUAAAAGCAGCCACCAGUGGGAUUACUAGUUCGGUUUUCAGUGACCCAGUAUUAAGUAAAUUCAUCAACAUGAUAAUGAAAGGUGGAGACAAGGUUUUGGCCAAAAACAUCAUGACGGACACACUGGAGCACGUGAAGAGGAAACAGGUGGAAAAGUACCACAAGGCGCCCCAGGGGAAAAGAGAGGACAUUGAGUGUAAUCCGUACACCAUCUUCCACCAGGCCCUUGACAACUGUAAGCCCGUCAUUGGAUUGGCCAGCAUACAGAAGGGAGGCAAGUUCUACCAGGUUCCCAUCCCUCUUACUGACAAUCGCCGGCGCUUCCUGGCUAUGAAGUGGAUUAUCACAGAGUGCAGGGAGAACAGACACAGGCGCACGCAUCUCUAUGAAAAACUUUCCCAGGAACUUCUGGCGGCCUUUGGGAAGGAGGGCAACGUAAUUAAGAAGAAACACGAGCUACACAAGAUGGCAGAAUCCAACAGAGCCUAUGCCCACUACCGCUGGUGGUAGUCAGUUUAGAGCGCCCCCGCUAUAAGUGUGGGUUUAAAACAAGACCAACUCCACUGGACCUGAAACACACUGACUGUACCCCUGCCCCGUGUGCAGUGGAAUCCAUUCUGGGUGGUGGAGUACCCGCAAUUCAAUUGUACAUCAUUCAUCAUCUUAAGCCCAACUGUAUUUAGACACUUUUUUGUAUUGCAUGUGUAUGAUGUAUAAACUUGCAGUGACAAUUAUACAAUGCCCAUCGUAUAUUAAUAACAUUUCAUACAUACUAAUUGAUAAAUGGAUACAGCAGUGUGGAAAUUCUACUUUGGCUCAUCAAUCCUGGAAGAAUAUUGCAACGUUAAUGAUGUAUGAAGUAUGGCUUGUUAAUGACAGAUCAAUUUGUGUCCACCAAUAGUCUUCCCCUUCUAAAACAAACAAAUCCAAUGACUGGCUGUGAAACCUGAAUAAGGUAAAGACAAGGCCAUGAACUUUUAGGGAACUAGUCGUUAUAAAUGAUUCAAUAACUAAGUUCUACAAUAAGGGUACAUCAAUAAACUUGACAUUCAUUUAGUUAGUGGCCUAGUAUAAUUGACAUGUUAAUGACAGAUCAACUUGUGUCCACCAUGCGUUAAUGCUAAGGUAUUAUUGUAAAUCAUUUAAUAGGGUUUCCUAACCCCUAAAGUUUUGACUGAAGCUAAUCCUCAAAUUCAACAAAUUCAAUUCAAAAACUCAAUUACACAUCUAAAGAAAUGUUUUAUUAAAUAAAACAUCUUUCACUUAUUACAGUGAUCCCUGUUUUCAAUGGUUCUAACCCAAAAUGUAGCUGGUUACUGGUCUGAUUGUUCACUUUGGUCACUGAAGAAGCUGUCAACCAGCAAAGAAAACAGUUGUAGACCCAGCUGCAAAAGACUCGUCUCAUUCAUUGUUAAAAUGUAUCAUUUUAUCACUUCUGAUAGCAAUACCAAUGAAGUAAAAUAAAAAAUGUAAGUGAGCAAGUGAGAUAUCAAGAAAAUACUAUAGCUAUUUUAUUAGGAUUUUUGUAUUCUCUUGAUAAGUUAUGGACACCUAAAUAAAUAUAAUUGUCUGCAUUGAA